CCAAUCAAGGACAGUCUUGCUGCUUUUGGAAUGUUUCCCAGGCCAAGUCAUGACAUCACUAAGCAAAGGGAACACCAUGACUACUUCCUACGACCUUUUCAAGAAACUGACGAGUAUGAGUCGGAAUCUUACUCUGACGAUAGCUAUGAAGACAGCAUGUUUUACCCUAUACUUAGUGUCCCUGGAACAAAUGGACAAAGUAUUGGAGUCUGGUCUUACCUAAAGUUUGAAAGCAUAGCCAUAUUCUCACCAAGCUCAGGAGAUACCAUGCAGAAAAUUGUAAAGUAUGCUGAACAGAACUUAUCCUAUCAGCGAGACCAACAUAAGUUAAUGAUGCUUGCACCUGGUCAACUAACACCUAUAGACAUUAAAACGGUGUACAGUGUGCGACCAGGGUCAGUGAUCAUGAUCAUGCCGGAGUCCUGCGCUUUUGUCACAGUGGACAUUGGUCAGCUGAAGGCUAGCUUUACUCUCACUGUGGAUGUGACAAUGACAGUCUACAAAAUUAAAUCCUUAGUGAAGAAGAUGAAAGGAAUUCCCAUCGAUCGUCAAGAAAUCCUGUAUCGUGAGAAAGCUUUAGAAAAUUAUCGUCGCUUACUGGAGUACCGUGUCACCAACAAAUGUACGCUGUAUGUGAUGAUACAGGCUCAUUUUGACUUACUGAUCAACAUCGAGACUUUCUGGGGGAAAACAUACAGAUUCUACGUAGAUCCCUGCUGCACAGGAACUGACAUCAUAUACAUGGUGUUUAAGCGGACAUUCAGUCGUGGAGGACCAGAGGAUGCUGGAAUUCAUGAACUCUAUGUCCCAAUUCACGUGCUGGUUCUUCAAUAUGGGAACAGCUUUGUCAACUCAGACUUCUGUCUGGCAUAUCUUGGCAUGCACACUGGUGAAACGCUCACCCUAACUACAGUGGGACACCGAAGUAACCUCAAUCUCCAGUCAAUAUCAGUGGUGACAGAAACGGGGGAGCGAUAUGGAAUCACAGUAUCAAAAUAUGACCGGUGGUCUAUCCUUGCUUUCAUGCUUCACGGACUGACAAAUGUACCGGUUGACCUUAUAAGAUUGUACAAGGACCGUCAGCGCAUGGAACUUUCCUCUGUGAUCGGAGACCUCUCAAACAACACAGUCAUAAUGAUGAACAUUGUCCUGACACAUAUGGACAGCGAUCUAGUGUUCGGUAUACCUCUUCGAGUAAAUCUAGGUAAUGGCAUCAUCGAAAACAUCCGGGUAGUCCCAAACAAGUCUGUCAGGUCAGUGAAGAAAAAGCUUGAGCGCCUGAGUGUACCGAAUGCUACUCAGUAUGAACUGGUGGUGGACAACAAGAAACUCUCUAACAGGGCUGUGGUACAACAUGUUGUGUUGGAUGUCAAAUCUCCUCUUCUACUCCAACUUGAUACCUUCCCAGUAUUUGCUCAUACUCCUGAUGGAAUAAUAUACAAAACCAACACAAAUGUUCGACAAACUAUCGGAGAAUUCAAAAAGAAAAUCCAAGAUAAAUCCUCAUAUCCUAUGUCUUCUUGCCGCAUAAUUAUGGCCGGAGAAGAACUGAGCGGCCCGGACUCCAGCAACCUAUACGAGGCUGGAGUCAAUGUAAGGUCAUCUUUAUUUAUCAAAGCUAGUCACAGCACACAUUGCUUUUUUAUCAAUGGCAACAAUUGGAUGGUGAAGGUCCGUGUGCCGGUAAGACCGACAUCUGACGACAUUCGUCAAAGUGUUUGGGACACGAAGAAAGUGCCGGAGUGUAGCAUUAACUGUAUACUAACAUUCCUGCAUUGGUUUUUCAUGCCACGUAUGUCAGGCAAAAACAACGUCCCAAUACAACGUCGGAUCAAGAAACGAAUGCCAAUCACGAAAGAGCUGCUGAUUCCUAUGGCAGAAAAUGAACUAGCUAUAGAAACAGAUUUUGUGCUUGAAAAACGAAAAGACAAGAUUCAUCCCAUGCCAUUGUCUGCUACACAUUCUGUACAUUCAAAGGAUGGUGAUUUGACUUCAAGGUCAUAUAACAGUGCAGAACCAAGUGGUUUCGUUCACCCAAAUAUUCGUCCUAAAUUUGAACCGACGCAGUUUUUGGAUCACAAGGACCACAAUACCACACAUGGAGACAAAGGAAAGCCACAUACAAACUACAGGAAGGACAACAAUGACAAUAGUGUUGUCCCGAGGUCAAAAAAUCCACCAUGGAUCGGGGACCUUCAACGUAAAAACAAAGCCAACCGCCUCAAUUUGUCAGACUUUGAUAUGGGACCAGAUUUCAUGUUUAGCAAUUCAAAAAAAAAGAAACCACAUUUUGAGGCACGAAGUGUCCCUGACCGUUUACCAGGCAUUUUACAAUGUAAUUCAAAUAGGCAUAACCAUCCUCAUCGCUACAAAGGGCCUCGUCCUCACCAACACCCACAUCGUAGGACGGGAUCCGAGGGAGAUGAGCAAGAAAAGGUCUAUGUCACAAAACCGUUUAAACUAGUGGAUCUCAGCCCUAAACGUAAACGACGAGUGUAG